AUGAAGACUAUCUCUAUGUUGGUGUUCUUCUUCUUCCUACUCUUUCUCAUGGCUGAAGCCCAAAGCAAGAACCGGACAGGUUCCGGUUCUUGCGAGACAUUCUCUUGUGGAAGCCUCGACUUCAAGUUCCCUUUCUUUAACACAGACAUGCCGUCUCGAUGCGGUCUGUUCAAGCUGAACUGCAGUGAUCACCAUAUUCCAGAGAUACAACUUGAGGAAAAAGGGAAAUGGUAUAAAGUCAUAACCGUCUCUCAAGCCAACACCAUAACCAUCACCGACCCAAGGCUUAACCAAAGCCUGGAAACAGGUUCAUGCACUGACUUGUCAAGCUUCUCUCUUCCAGAUUCUCCAUGGCUCAAGUUGACCACUGUGUACAAAUGCAACAACAGUAGGAAGAACGGUUUCACUUUUACAAAUUGCCAAGGAGGAAGCAGCUUGUACUACUCUGAUCUGAAAGAUCAUUCAGGGUGCUCAGUUAUCAAGACUCCAGAGAGCUGGGUGAUUCCAAGAAACAAGAACCAGUCUAUUCUUAAUGCUACUUUCUCUCUUCAUAUAGACCUACCUCAACGCUGCCAUCGGUGUCAUCAUAACCGAGGAGGAGAAUGUAAAAUGAUCAAAGACAAGUUUCGCUGCGUUAGGGGAACCAAAAAACCAAACAACCACCAAGGAGAUAACUCAUAUAAGUUAAAGCUAGGAUUAGGAAUAGGAGGAGCUGUCAUCUUCAUAAUCAUCUUGGUGGCACUCUUUAUCCUCCUCCAUAGGAUUUACAGAAAGAAAACAAGUUCAGAACUCCUAUCAAGAAACAACUCCAAAUCUGACGUUGAGUUUAGCAAUGUCUUCUUUAAGAUACCAAUCUUCACCUAUAAAGAACUUCAAGAAGCAACAGAAAAUUUCAGUAAAGACAGGUUACUAGGAGAUGGAGGCUUUGGCACUGUCUACUAUGGUAAAGUGCGUGAUGGACGAGAAGUUGCAGUGAAGCGUCUCUACGAGCACAACUACAGAAGACUCGAGCAGUUCAUGAACGAGAUAGAGAUCCUCACACGUCUCCAUCACAAGAACCUAGUCUCCCUCUACGGAUGCACCUCACGCCGCAGCAGAGAGCUUCUCCUCGUCUACGAGUUUGUCCCACACGGCACAGUUGCAGAUCAUCUCUACGGUGAAACAGAAAACUCAAGAAACAAAUGCUACUUAACAUGGUCAAUACGCAUGAGCAUAGCUAUAGAAACAGCUAGUGCGUUGGCUUACCUUCACGCUUCUGAUAUCAUCCACCGUGAUGUCAAGACAACAAACAUUCUUCUCGACGGUAACUUCGGAGUCAAAGUAGCGGAUUUCGGGUUAUCGAGGCUGCGUCCGAGUGAUGUGACGCAUGUUUCGACUGCUCCACAGGGUACUCCGGGGUAUGUUGACCCUGAGUAUCAUCGCUGCUAUCAUCUAACGGAUAAGAGUGAUGUGUACAGCUUUGGAGUGGUUCUUGUUGAGCUGAUAUCGUCAAAGCCUGCUGUUGAUAUAAACAGGUGUAAGAGUGAGAUUAACCUGUCAAGCUUAGCUGUGAAAAAGAUACAGAGCCACGCGACACACGAGCUGAUUGAUGAGAGUCUUGGAUAUGGAAAGAAUGAAGGAGUUAGGAGAAUGACUACGAUGGUGGCGGAGUUGGCUUUUCGGUGUUUGCAGCAAGACAGUACAGUGAGGCCGACAAUGGAACAAGUUGUGCAAGAGUUAAAGGGAAUCCAGAAUGAAGAGACAGUAACUUCACAUCCUUCGUCGUCACCGAAUUGGGAGGAGGCUUCGCUGAUAAAGAAUAUGAAAUUUCCACGUUCACCGAUCUCUGUGACUGACCAGUGGACCAGUAAAUCAACUACACCGAAUAUUAGUGCCUACGACUGCUAAAGAGAUCCAUGAGGUAUUGGUUUUAUUCUCAAUAUGGGAUGCAGUAAGAAGAGUAGUGACGGUGUAGGUAUUGAGAGAAUGCACAUAGUGACAUGACUUGCAUCUACCAUUUGUUUAUCAUACUCAUCUCAUCAUAUGUAACAUUAACUCAAAAGGUUCUGACAAAAAGAAAAAGAAAACUUAACUCGUA